AUGUCAAUCAUAAAACAUUAUGCUUAUUGUCAUCCUGAUACAAUACUCUCAAACAGAUCACCUAAUACUUCCCAUCUUAUGAGAAAUAUCUUGUGGUCAUUUCCUCCUAAAGAUACUUAUAAAAUCAAUUGUGAUGCCUCUUGGAUAUCAGCACAGACUAAUGCAAGUUUUGGUUUUAUCAUGCAAAAUUUUACAAGAAAUUUGAAGGCAGCAGGAAUUGGAAGUUUCAGAGCUUCAUCGGCAGAAGAAGCAGAAGCAGUAACUCUGCUUCAUACUGUCCAAUGGGCCAUCACAAAGAAGAUUGGAAAUUUGGUUAUUGAAGGGGACAUUCUAGCAACAAUUAUGUACGUUCAAGGAAAAUGUAACUCAAUCCAGUGGCAAUGUAUUGCAUUUAUAGAUGAAGUAAAGAAUUUGAUAAAUUAG